UCGGAGGAUGCCGAUGAUGACCUCCAUUGUACAGUAAGCUUCCAGGCUGUCCAAAUUUUCAUUCCGUAGACAUUUAUAUGCUGCCGUUGUCUCGUCCUUUGCACCUAUACCGAUAGAGGGAAGGAAAGUUGGACUUGGUCGGAUAAAAUCUUUCUAAUCGUUUAUACCCCAAGGUCACCUAAUACACUUCACCAACGAAGAACAAGAAUAUUGAGCAGGUCAUUUGACAGAGGGUUCGAUACACAAUUGUCCGUGAACAUCAAAGCCUGAGUGAACGGAAAGGCAGUUGAGCCUGGGACCGAGUCAAGGAGCAUAGAAACCUCGGGGCCAGGACCAGGGCGAAAGAAUUCCAAGAGGCUAUCCGCAAAGAUGUGCAAAGAUUCAAUGCACGAGUUCCUCCAGGCGCUGCCCAAAUGCGAGCACCACAUGCAUAUUGAAGGCUCGCUCGAACCAGAGCUCCUCUUCGCCCUCGCAGCACGCAACAAGAUCUCCCUCCCCUCUCCUUCAGAAGAUCCAGCCUUCGAAUCAAUCUCCACCCUCCUCGCACGCUACCGCCGCUUCACAUCCCUCGACGACUUCCUGCACUACUACUUCAUCGGCAUGUCCGUGCUCAUCACGCCCUCGGACUUCGAGUCCCUGGCGUACGCAUACUUCAAGCGCGCUCAUGCCGACGGCGUCGCCCACGCCGAAGUCUUCUUCGAUCCCCAGGCCCAUACCGCCCGAGGCAUCGCCUAUGAAACCGUCAUCUCGGGUUUCACUGCCGCCCAGAAACGCGCACUGCACGACUUCAAAAUUACGAGCGAACUGAUAGUCUGUAUUCUACGACACUUACCAGCUUCGGAAGGCGAGGAGAUGUACCGCCAAUGUAUCCCGGACAUGGAGACUGGCGUCAUCAAGGGUCUAGGCCUGAGCUCUACAGAAAAGGGCAAUCCGCCAUCAUUAUUCAAGGCUUCAUUCCUCGACGCCGAAAAGCGAGGCUUCCACCGCACCGCACAUGCCGGCGAAGAGGCUGGUGUGGAAUAUAUGGCUGAAGCGCUGCACGAAAUACACGUGCAAAGAGCAGAUCAUGGGAUCAAACUUGUUGAGGACGAGAGCGUCAUGCAGGAGUUCGUCGACAAGAAGAUAAUGGUCACAAUGUGUCCGUUGAGUAACGUCGAGUUGCGAUGCGUCAAGCAUGUCCGAGAACUGCCGAUUCGGAAGUACCUGGACGCUGGGGUACGGUUCAGCAUCAAUAGUGAUGACCCGGCGUAUUUUGGCGGGUAUAUUUUGGACAACUACUGCGCGGUACAGGAUGCUUUCGACUUGAGCAAGAAAGAGUGGGAGACGAUUGUGAGGAAUAGUAUCGAGGGAAGUUGGUGCAGUCAACAACGCAAGACGGAGAUGAUUGCGCUGCUGGAAGACGUCAUGAGGAAGUCCACCUAGGUAGUAAUUGAAGAUCUGUAAUUGUAAUAUGAUGGUGA